AUGGCAGACCCCCCAGCCCAAGUCGCGCCGGCAGACGACGCCAUCACCAUUACUCUCAACCAUCAGGGAACCACGCACACCCUGUCCUUCCCCAGCGAUGCAACCAUCACCGACCUAUCCACAGCUGUCGAGGCGACCAUCAGCAUUCCCUCCAGCAACCAGAAGUUCCUCGCUCCUAAGCUCGGGCUCCUCAAGCCCCCGUUCAAAGACCCGUCUCUUCCACUUGGCUCCCUCGACGCCAGCAAGCCCAUCAAGCUGAUGGGCACCACCGCGACCGAGCUCGCCUCCCUAGCCUCGGCCUCGCAGGCCGUCUCCGCCCGCGAAGCCGCCUACGCCGCCCAGCGCCGCGCGCAACCCAAGGCCUUCACCUCGCGGCGGAGCGCGACCGCGGCCCAGGAGGACAGCACCUACACCUUCAUGGCGAUCCGGCCGCUGCCGAACCUGCCGGCGCCGGAGCGGUCGCGGGCGUUCCUGGAGCGGCUGGCGCGCGACCCGGGCAUCGUGGCCGCCAUGCGCAAGCACCAGUUCAGCGUCGGCCUGCUGACCGAGAUGGACCCGCUGUCGUACACCGAGUCGAGCCACGAGGGCACCACGCGCAUUCUCGGGCUCAACCGCAACCGCGGCGAGGUCGUCGAGCUGCGCCUGCGCACCGACGCCUACGACGGCUACCGCGACUACAAGACCAUCCGCAACACCCUGUGCCACGAGCUGGCCCACAACGUCCACUCGGACCACGACCGCCAGUUCUGGGACCUCUGCCACCAGAUCGAGCGCGAGGUCGCCCGCGCCGAUUGGAAGAGCGGCGGCCAUCGCGUGGGCGAGGACGACUUCUACGAGCCCGAACUCAGUGAAGAGGUUGCCUAUGAUCACGGAGGAUGGACCGGGGGCGAGUUCGUCCUGGGCGGCGGCGGAGGCAGCGGAGGCAGUACGACGACCGCUUCGGCUGGCACGGGCUCUUUGAGCCGGAGAGAAAUCAUGGCCAAGGCCGCAGAGGAAAGAAUGAAGAAACUGGACGAAGAGCGGCGGCGGCAGAGUGGACAAGGCGGAGGAUCUACAUAA